GUCCUCUCCGCACGGCCCAGUAUCCGUGGAGGUGCAGACUCAUCUCAGGGCGUGGAUGAGGAGGGGCGUAAGCGUGACCAACUGGUCAACAACCUUCAGAACCUCUCUCUGAGUGACCGGGUCAGGAUGCUGCGAGCCAUGCCUCUCUCUGUGGCAGAGAAGAGUGAACUAAGGAGGUUGGCUGACAGGAAGGGUCAACGCUCCAAUCACAGUCAGAUCCCCUGUUGCAGCCAGCUCAAAUAUCACAUCAUCAUCGCUCUGAGACAUAGCUGGUACAGUUGUCUCUCCUUCCUCCACUCCCUACAGCUAUGGCAGGUGGCGCUGAAGAGAGUGAGCGGUCGUUUCGGCACCGGCGUCCUCUCCUACUUCCUGUUUGUCAAGACCCUCCUCUUCUUCAACAUCUUCCUGUUCCUGGUCACUGGUUUGUUGCUGGCCGUGCCCCAGGCAGUACACCCCCCCACAUUAACCCAGGGACACGAAGCCUUCUCUGGGCUGGAGCUGCUCACUGGAGGGGGUUAUUUCUCAGACUCAGUGAUGUACUAUGGUUACUAUAGUAACUCUACCCUGUCUAAGGACUGUAGAGUCACUAGUAGCAGUUUGGAGCAGCAGCCCAGUCCCUCUGUAUCUAGAAGGACAAUGGAUACAGGCUGUGGAGUGAAGCCGUCCUACAACAUGCCCCUGGCAUACUUCUUCACCAUAGGACUGGCUUUCUUCAUCACCUGCAUCAUCCUCGUCUACAGCAUGUCCAAGUCGUUCGGUCAGAGUUUCCGUAUAGACAAGUCACAUGGUAUCCUGGCGAUGAAGGUGUUCUGUUCCUGGGACUUUAAAGUCAUCAAGAAAACCUCCGUCAAACUCCGGUCUGAAAACAUCUGCAUUCAACUCAGGGAGUUGUUAGAGGAGACGAGUCGUAACCAUGUCCAGAAGACUGCGUGUCAGAGAAUCCAGGACAGUGUGCUGGUACAUGUUCUGGCCUGGUUCAUCUGUGACCUCGGCAGUACAGUGGCCUGUGUUCUAGCUCUCUACUACUUCUCUGAGUACAUGCACAAGGACCUCCAGUACAGAUCUCGUAUUCCCACUAAGGACCCUCUCCUGAAGGAAGCCAGUCUGUUGGCCCUGCCAGUCGUAGUGUCUCUCAUCAACCUCCUGCUCCCUGGUAUCUUCAACGCUACUGCCUGGAUGGAGGAGUAUGACUCUCCCAGCGUAAACACAUACAUCGCCAUCAGCAGGAAUCUGAUGUUGAAAGUGAGCGUGCUGGUAGUGCUGUGCUUCCAUUGGCUGGGCCGGAUCGCUUCUGACCCCCACAGCAUCGGCCUGCAGUGCUGGGAGAGUUUUGUAGGACAAGAGCUGUACCGCUUCCUCCUCAUGGACUUCAUCUUUACCAUACUGGACACCUUCUUUGGAGAGUUCCUCUGGAGGUUGUUUUCUCAGAGGGUGUUGAAGAGGAAAAGAAAGCCUGUGUUUGACAUCUCCAGGAACGUUAUCCGUCCGUCUGAGUCAUGCGGUCCGUUCCGCAACCUGUCCACUAUGUUCCAGUCAGAGCUGUGGGUGAAGGUUGAGACACACAACCCUAACCUGGCCUGGUUAGCCUGGGCUCACAGCUACAUAGUGGAGAACCCUCUGUUUCUGUUCCUCGCUGCUGGGAUCUUCCUGAUAGUGAUUUACUUCAACACCCAGGUGGUGGAUGGACAGAGGAAGAUUAUCAGUCUGCUGCAGGAGCAAAUAGAAAACGAGGGGGAGGAUAAGAAGUUCCUGAUCACUCGUCUCCAGGCCAUCCACCAGCAGAAACGACCCCUCUCCCCUCGCAGACUCACCAGUCAGGAUUCCAACUGUUAGCAUUCCAACUACUGAAAGGGCAUUCUCUCCUUCUCAUUGGAGGGAAUAUCUCAGAAAAUGUCCUGAAUGGACCAACCUGGAUGUAGCUCUCCUCUCCUGACUCUGGGAAGAGUUGUUAAGGGAUUCUUCAACUGGAAAACUAUUCUCAUAGGAUGUCCUCUUUCCCAGGAAGCUGAGUUGGGACUGGGACUAUAAAGGAAUUUACUUCUUUACAAUAACAAUUCCCACAGACGCCAAAACGUGAAUCUGAUAGGAUCCACACUCUUUCCCAGGAAGCUGGUCCUUAUAAGGAUUGGGAAUAGGAUUGGGAAUGGGACAAAGCAGGCUUUCCCUCUUCCAAUAACAGACUACACCUCAUAGGGAAAGACCACUGU